CACAAACCGGUCAAGUUUACGCUGAAGUACAACAAAUAAAGCUAUGUGGCCCGGAAGAGUUAGUAAAGAUUCACUUUUCUACGCCACUAUAUUGACAGUACUUGCGAUAAGUGUUUUUUGCAAUCGAUCAGUUAAUGCCUGCUAUGAAUACCAAUAUUGCUUAACGCCGCUCAACUACAGCGGACGUUAUAUGGAAGACGAGACUUAUGGAGACAUGCCCGAUAAAGCCAAAAUGCUUUGCGAUGGGUUUUGCCAUCAUAACAGUACAUUGCGAUUGCGUUGUUGUGCAUAUGACGCCACAGUCAAAUUGGAACGAAUAUCGGAACAAGUAUGCACAUACAAUCAUUUAAUACGAGGUUUCGUCAUCCAUGGCGAAAUAGCCAAAGACAAUGAAUUUCCAUUUAUGGCCGCUUUGGGUUGGCGCAUUAAGAACGAAACUACUGGAAAUACGACAAUAGUUUACAAAUGUGGUGGCACAAUUUACGAUCGUGGUUAUGUCAUCACCGCUGCGCACUGUCUCUAUCAUUCGAGUGAACUACCUGUGGUGGUGCGUCCCGGCGGUUUCGCAUUGAAUGAUACUGAGGCUUGGGACUUGGAAAUCGAAGAGAUUAUCGAGCAUCCCAAUUACGAAUAUCCAAAUGUAUACAAUGACAUAGCAAUUAUACGUCUAAAGACCAUAUUUUAUGGAAACCCGUUUCAUGAUCAGCCGGCAUGUCUUUACGACGAUCCGAGCUCCGCGCAUAAUGUUACAGCCAUUGGUUACGGGAAUACUCAAUUUGCUGGCGUAUCCUCCCCCUUAUUGAUGAAAACGAAUUUAUCAACAAUUGAUAACAGCGAGUGCCAACUGCACUAUGAGCCAGAUAGCGAUGUGCUGAGUGAUGGCAUUAUAUCGACACAGAUAUGCGCGAAGGAUCACGAGAAAUUGCGUGACACAUGUCAGGGUGACUCCGGUGGACCGAUUAUAAAAUUUAUCAAACCGAAAGAUCUUAAUCCCAUGUCCCUUGUUGUCGGCAUCACUUCGUUUGGCAUCGGCUGUGGCACCGGCAUGCCCAGUGUUUAUACGCGAAUUUCUGAAUAUAUUGAUUGGAUUGAAAAUGUUACCUAUCGAACUGUGCCAAUAUGAUGAAGGAAUAAUAUAAUAAAGAAGUUUCAAGAUUGUUAAUAAUUAACAAGUAUUCGUAAAAGCGAAAUGAGUUGAGCACACUUUCCCGAUUUUGUAUAUCAUAAUUUUUAUAACCACAUUUGAUUGAUCAUUGAAAAUUUAAACUUCAGGUAUUUAAGCAAUAAAUUUGGUUUUAUA